AUGUCGGAGGCACUUGAUGUUGAGAUGGAAAAUGACGAGACCACUGUUGCAAAUGCGAAAUCAUCAAAGGGUCGCGGUGUGGGGCAACCUCGUCAACGUGCUGAGAGGAUUGUAUAUGAUGUUGUAGAAACUGAUGGCACUUCAACCGGUCCUCAGCGAUCCAUUGAGGGUUGGAUUGUUUUUGUCACUAAUAUUCACGAGGAGGCCACAGAAGAAGACGUACAGGAUAAAUUUGGUGAAUAUGGCGAAAUUAAGAAUGUUCAUUUGAAUUUGGAUCGAAGAACGGGCUUCCUCAAAGGAUAUGCUUUGGUAGAGUUCGAAACGCAGAAGGAAGCUGCUGCAGCCAUCGAGGGUCUGAACGGUGAGGAGUUGCUUGGACAGAAAAUUGCAGUCACAUGGUGCUUCGUGAAACCUCCGCCUUCAAAGAAGAAAUAA